AGAGAGAGAGAGAGAGAGAGAGAGAGAGAGAGAGAGAGAGAGAGAGAGAGAGAGAAAGAAAUGGUUGAGGAGGCGAGGGUGAAGACAGAAGCUCUCCAGAUAAUGGGAGUGUUUCAUGUUCUUCCUAGACUGGUCGUCUUCGAUCUCGAUUACACUCUCUGGCCUUUUUACUGUGAAUGUCGCUCUAAGCGCGAAAUGCCAUCUCUGUAUAAGGAUGCUAGAGGCAUAUUGCAAGCAUUCAAGGAAAAGGGUGUCGAUCUCGCAAUUGCUUCUCGGUCACCUGCUGCAGACACAGCUAAGACGUUUCUUGACAAACUCAAUAUUACAAACAUGUUUGUAGCUAAGGAAAUUUUUUCUAGUUGGACUCAUAAAACAGAUCACUUUAAGAAAAUUCAUUCAAGAACUGGAGUCCCCUACAGCUCAAUGCUUUUCUUUGAUGAUGAAGAUAGGAACAUCAAAGAAGUUUCUAAAAUGGGGGUGACAAGCAUUUUGGUUGGUAAUGGGGUCAAUCUUGGAGCACUAAGGCAGGGUCUCACUGAGUUUUGUGAAAAUGUGAAUACUUCUGAGAAGAACAAGCAGAGAUGGAUCAAAAAAUUCUCUGGAAAUUCAAGUUCAUCUGAUAAAAAUGAGAAGAAAUGAAUUAAGAUGAUGAUUUAAUGAUUGUUGUACUGAUUUCUCAAGAUAUGCUUUCUUGAAUACUAAUCUUCAACAUGUUACAAUUAUUGAUGUAAUUUAUAAAACAUUCAAACUAGUCAAUUCUAAAUUCUACUAUUAAUUGUUUGUUGAUACUGCAA